CAGAUGGAGGACCGCUUGCCUUCUCCGCGUUGACCUCGGGGGAGGGCGCCGGGUCGGGGAGUAGCAGUAGCAGCAGCAGGAAGGAUAGCAAUAGUAGCAAUAAGAGGAAAGUGACAGACAGGAAGCGCACCAGCGGUAGCGAUGACGAAAUCAUGGGCACGGGUCGUAGAGAUGGAGGCCAGGGCCAGGAGCAGCAUGUCCUUCCCUCCCACCACAAGCAGCCCCCGCAUCCGUCUCAUCGGCAUCAGCGACAGGAGGGAUGGGGCCAUCGGCGAUGGCGGGAGGCUUCGGAGGGGCGCCAGCGGGGCGGGGUGGGAGGAGCGGGGCAAAGUCAGUGGCCUGUGGGAGAUCUGGAAGACGUGACGCAGCUUCGCAACUUGGAGCGGACGGUGGAAGAGAUCACCGGACCCUUGGAUGCCACUAUGUGUCGCGGCGCCUUGACGGCCUGCUCGCGCCUGCACCAGCCCGACAAAGCCGCCUGGAUCAUCGAAAAAAUGCGCGAACGCGGUCCUCCCCCGGACGAGACUUGCUACGCGACGGCGAUCGACACCUGUGCCCGCAAAGGUCGAUGGUCGGUCGCGGUGUCCCUUUUGUCGACAAUGCGGCACACGGACGGAUUGGCGGUGGAAAACCCGACAUUCGCCGUGGUUAUGGCCGCCUGCCACCGGGCGGGGCAAACCGAACGGGUCCUGGCCCUCUUGACGGAGAUGGAGGAGGCAGGGACAGGGGGAGGGAACCGGGGAGGGGCGUACGCCACGGCCGUCCACUCUACCUUGGCCUCGAGAGAGUAUGGGGAGAUGCUGCGGG